GGUGGACCCCUAGGCAGGGCAGCCCGGCCGCGGGUUGGUCCAGCCACUCUUCCCCUGGGUGGGGAAGCCGGAGGAGGCGGUGGCUGCGGUCGUCCGGCUGGACAGCCCUGCAGUCCUAAGCAGGGUGCGACAAGGUGCGCUCCGCCGCCUCGACGCGCUCUCCUCGCGCAAAGCGCAGGCUCAUCCCAGCUGCUGCCGCCGCCGCCGCCGCCACCACCCCCGGAGAUGACCGACACGCUGCUGCCGCCUUCGGGCUGCCGGCCCCCGGACCAGACAGGAGACUGCUACUUCCGAAAGGGAUGCAACCCUCUUGCAGAGACGGGACGGAGCAAACUGCAAAAUCAAAGAGCCCUCCUGAACCAACAGAUACUGAAAGCAGUGAGGAUGAGAGCUGGCGCAGAAAACCUUUUACGAGCAACAACCAGCAACAAAGUGCGCGAACAGGUGCUUCUCGAGUUGAGUUAUGUAAACUCAGAUCUGCAGAUCCUCAAGGAAGAGCUGGAAGGACUCAACAUCUCUGUAGAGGUUUAUCAGAAUACAGAGCAGGCUUUUAGCAUUCCUCUGAUUCCGCUUGGCCUGAAGGAGACCAAGGAUGUUGACUUUGCAGUCCCUCUGAAGGACUUUAUUUUAGAGCACUACAGUGAGGAUGGAUUGGAAUAUGAAAAUGAAAUUGCAGAUCUUAUGGAUCUGCGACAAGCCUGCCGUACUCCCAGCAGAGAUGAAGCUGGAGUUGAGAUGCUGAUGAGCUAUUUUGUUCAGCUCGGCUUUGUAGAGAGCCGAUUUUUUUCACCCAGCAGACAUCUGGGAAUUUUAUUUACUUGGUAUGACUCCUUUACAGGUGUUCCUGUCUGCCAGAAGAACUUCUUGCUUGAAAAAGCCAGUAUUCUGUUCAAUAUUGGAGCACUCUACACACAGAUUGGCACGAGGUGCAACCGGCAGACGCAGGCUGGGCUUCAAAAGGCGGUCGAUGCUUUUCAGAGAGCUGCAGGAGUUCUAAAUUACCUGAAGGAGACCUUUAUUCACACCCCAAGUUAUGACAUGAGCCCUGCCAUGCUGAGUGUGCUAGUGAAGAUGAUGCUUGCUCAGGCUCAAGAAUGCAUCUUUGAACAAAUGUGCCUUCCUGGAAUCCGGAAUGAGUUUUUCACACUAGUGAAGAUGGCCCAGGAAGUUGCUAAGGUUGGAGAAACAUAUAUGCUUGUAAAUACGGCAAUGAGUCAGGCACCGGUCAAGGAGAACAUCCCUUACUCGUGGUCAAAACUGGCCCAAGUCAAGUCGGACCAUUUCAGAGCUUUGGCGCAUUACUUCGUUGCAACUAUUCUGAGCGAUCACCAGUUACGUCAAAAUGAUGAUGAAGACCAACAGGAAAAGGCCUUCUCUCAGCUGUAUGACCACAUGCCAGAAGGGGUGAAGCCCUUAGCUGUUUUAAGGGACAGAGGUCAGCGCAGACAACUUGGAAAAGCCCACUUGCAAAGAGCGGUUGUUUAUCAUGAAGAAGCCCUCUGGGUCUGUGGGUUAUGCAGAAAGCUUCGAAAUAUAGAGAACCUCCAGGAGAUUCUGUCUGUUGCACACAAGCGAUCCCUUGUCAAAUAUUCGCAGCAGGAACAGGAAGAUGACUUCUUGAGUUUGGUGCAGGCUCCUGACAUCCUUCCUAAGACAGACCAUAAAACAGAAAUGAUUGGUCCUGUGUUCUCCAAGGUGAAAGUCAAAGACUUCUUUGAAAGGCUGGGCCCACUGACCGUGUUUUCAGCAAAGCAGAGGUGGACUGCCCCUCGCACAGUUCGUUUCCACACUGAAGCUGAGGGUCUGGGAUUUACGCUGAAAGAAGGCCCACCUGUGCAUGUCCACGGUCUCGACCCAGUUUGUUCUGCAGCACUGGCAGGAUUGAAAGAAGGCGAUUGUGUUGUUUCUGUCGGAGACCUGGAGUGCAAAUGGCUGGGAGCGAACGCGGUCUUAGAAAAGUUCAAAAGCCUGAGAGAGCAGGAGAUUGAAAUCCAGGUGAUCAGCUGUCAGGAGUCAACUGCUUCCAUGCAUAACAAAAGUGCAACUUACUCUGCGGGAAUGCAGAAAACGUACUCUUUGAUCUGUUUGGCCAUGGAGGAAGAUAAAACAGACGAGUCCAAAAAAGUGGCUCCUAAACUGUCCUUUUUGAGUUGGGGAACAAAGAAUAGGCAGAAAGCAGCCAGCACACUCUGUCUUCCUGCAAUCGUCUCUGGAAACUCCCCUAAUAAGAAGAAACUUGUGUCUCCCUUUACACUCUUGGGUACAGACAGCUCGUUGUACUAAGGCUUGAAAAGAAGCCUUCUCUGACUGUGUGCCAUACAUCUGGAAUGCAACUGUGUCAAUCUGGAGUGACUCCAGUUUUAAGCAACACAGGCUCAAGUCUAGCUGGCACCAUGUAAUUUUUAAGGAUCCUGUACAGUUGGAGAAAGGAGGUCUUGCCGGGAGAGAUUUGGGAGUCCACUGCAGAGAACACUACUACUUUACAUGGCUACUGGAUUCCUCUGAAAUUUCUGUAUGCGUGUGUGUCCUAAUUAUUACCUAACUUGUAAAACUAUAAACCACAUUGUUUCUGGUGUGUGAUCUGUGUUAUAGUACUGUCACUACGAAGGAUUUUUUUUUAAAAAUAUCAGUUUAUAAUGCUGUUAAUUUACAGCAGUUAUCAAUGAUGGACAGCAAUGUAAAUGAAAGUAGAUUGAAGGGCAGGAAAGAUUAGGAAAACAAUAUAUAUUUUUUGAGAUGGAGGUAACAGAACUGUGGGAUUAUUUACUUACUGCUUACAUUACUGUGAUUCCACUGAAGUCAAUAGGAUUAUAAGAGAUCAGUAGCUAAGAUCUUUCUAAUUGAAAUAUCACUCAAUAACCUGGUGAGAGUUAAAAACACUUGGGCCUAGACAACCUCAACAGAGGUUCCACUGAUACAGAGGUAGACAAAUCUACAACUGAAGAACAUAAUCACAUCACCUAGAGCACCUUUUAAGCCUUAGAGCAAAAGAGCCUUCUCUUUCAAUGGUUUCCUUCCACAGCACUAUUUAAAGGGUGCCAAUUUUGUGGGAAAGGCUAUAUUCUCAGACCCAUUUGUGUGGUUGUGGACUAUGAAUGCUACAGCCAUGGAAAGCAUCUCUCACAGUGUUGAUGCUGUGACACGUAGAAGGCACACUGAUUUAAAAUAACACCCCUUUAAACCCUAGAAAAAAGGGUAUUGCAAUCCUAAUAUUUCAGAAUGAAGCUUCUCCUCGUUUGCUACAGUAUCGCUCCUUGCAUCUGAAGUGGAACAAUAAUUAUUGUGAAAAUGUGAAGGUGGCAAUUGGUGGGAGCAUUUUAAAACUUUGAAUUCUAAGUUGGAGUACAUUGAAACUCUAACAGCAAAGUGGAUGUGAUGGUGAUGGGAAUAAAGGAGCUUCUCUUGGACCAGAUAAGCUCUAAUGCUUGCCGGGUUUCAUUUUUAAAUACAGAUAUAGUUCAGUUACAAUCUAAAAAGGCUGCUUCCCAUAGAUUUUUUUCCAUAGUGCCACCAUGUCUAGUAUUAAGUCUUGUUCCAAAGAGCUUACAGUUACAUUACAAGCUCCUUCCUGAGAGAAAUAAUUUAGGAAUACAUCAAUGAUUUAGGAACUCAUCCAACAGGUAAUAUGGCAUUUCUGUGUUUUGUUUUCUUUUUGUAAUUGCUGCUGUACUUUCUGUUCAUUUUAAAAGUUGCGGGUUGCUAACACAGUAGUGUUAGACUGAAAUGUUGUCUACAGGGUAGAUCUUAUGUUUUUUAAAGUGGAUUAAAUCCUCACUGCAUUUUUCCUGGUGAAGAAACAGGCUUCUAGCUGCAGUAGAGUUGGGAUUACCAUCUUUGAUAGGAAAUUCUAGAAAAUACGUUUUGGAAAACUAUUGGAAGAUCUUGAACAUCUGCUUUUGGGUAUCAACUCUUGUUUCUUUUAAGGAUUUUGUGUUUGGGAGGAUAGAUGUAAUAUACAUUUCUUAAAGUUUAAUUUAAAUGAGUUUUGCAGCCAUCUACUGGUGAGGAGCCAUAUGUUUUCCAUUUGAAUAAAACAGGAUGAGACAGUAGAAAUCUUCUUUACUGUUGACGUUUUAUCUAAACUCACUUGACUUUAUAUUUACCUCUCUGUGAAAGGAAAAAUUGUAAACAGCAGAUACUCCUUGAGGGAUUUUUUGUUGUGCAAUAUCUGAACUGACAUUUUGGAAUCAACCCUAAUGUGUAAUAAAACAAGUGUAGCAAGGCA